UUUCUUCAGGGAAAACUCGUCUCCAUUUCUUACUUUCCAGAUGAUUGCAGUAUGUGGCCAGGAAUUUGCUGACGGGGUUUAACUGGUUGUUACGAGUGUCAGUCAGUGGCGAGUUCCUCUUUCACUGGAACAUAAAAGCAGAGGCUGCGCAGACUGACAAUCAGUGCGACUAGAGGAGCAAAUAAGACACAGUUUAUCGCGGAAGUUAGUUGACCCACGACAGAAUGCAUUACCUGGUACUAGGACUUUUAGUGCUAAACCAUUUCCUGGCUAAUGUCAACACUGUUCCAUUGGAAGAGCUGGAAAAUGGAGGCAAACACUGGGUCGUACUUGUUGCUGGAUCUAAUGGCUGGUACAACUACAGGCAUCAGGCCGAUAUAUGCCAUGCCUACCAGAUUGUCCACCAGCAUGGUAUACCCGAUGAGCAGAUUAUCGUCAUGAUGUACGAUGAUUUGGCCCUGAAUGACGAGAAUCCAACGAAGGGUGUAAUUAUUAACCAGCCCCAUGGAAAAGAUGUAUACAAAGGAGUACCCAAGGAUUAUGUACAAGAGCAUGUGACCCCAGAAAUCUUUUUGGCUGUUCUGAGAGGAGAUGAAGAAGCUGUAAAGGGGAAAGGUUCUAGCAAAGUUUUAAAAAGUGGCCCCAACGAUCAUGUGUUUGUUUAUUUUGCUGAUCAUGGAGCUGAUGGAAUUUUGGCAUUCCCUAACAGCGAUCUUCAAGUUGAUGACCUGCAAAAGACCAUCAGAUACAUGUAUCAGCAUAAGAAAUACGCUAAGAUGGUGUUUUACAUUGAAGCUUGUGAGUCUGGAUCAAUGAUGAUAGAUCUGCCAAAGGACAUUAAUGUAUUUGCCACUACUGCUGCCAAUGAACAGGAGUCAUCAUAUGCCUGUUACUAUGACAAAGAAAGAGAGACCUAUUUGGGUGACGUGUAUAGUGUUGUGUGGAUGGAAGACUCUGACCAGGAGGACCUGAAAAAAGAAUCAUUACAUAAACAGUUCAGGAUCGUAAAGAGCAGGACCAACACGAGCCACGUGCAGGAGUAUGGGAAUCUGACACUUUCCCACAUGAAACUGAAUGCAUUCCAAGGCUCUAGGAAGGCUGCCCUCAGCACAAGACAGCCCCUGCCAGAUAUUGUGGAUGCAGUACCAAGUCCUGAUGUUCUUCUUGCCAUCCUUAAACAGAAGUAUAUGGCCGCAAACAACAUUGAGGAGGCUCAGAAGCUCCUGGUGGAGAUCGGUGCACAUCUGGGGAACAAGCGCCUAAUCCAGGAGUCUAUGCAAAAGAUUGUGUCCAUUGUCACAGAAUCUGAGGAGCAUACAGCACAGAUUCUAAACUCCCGAAGUCGUAUCCGUGAUCAUGCCUGCUACCAAGCUGCAAACUAUCACUUCAAAACUCGCUGCUUUAACUGGCACACACCACUGUAUGAAUAUGCACUGAGACAACUUUAUGCUUUAGUCAAUCUUUGUGAAGAAGGUUUCUCAAUAAAGAGCAUCAUUCAAGCCAUGGAUAAAGUCUGCCUACUGAAGAGUUAAGAAGGACUGGACCAUAUGUUUAGAAAAGUUCCUGCCUUAUCUCACUUGGGACUUCAGGGAUUGCAAUUAAUUGAACAAACCAUGUUUGAAUUCUACUUAAUUUGUUGUGAAAAGAAAUUCUCUUUUCUGCACCCCUCCCUGGAUUUUUUUGACUCUUCAAUACUAAUGGAUUGUCUUCUCAAAUAUAUUGAUUUUUAGAACCAGUUCUGAACUUUUUUUUGAAUCGUCUGCUCAAGUUGCCUUACUGAUGCAGAGCUAUUCUUUCUGUGUAAUAUGCACUUUUCUAACUGCAGAUAUUUAUUUUCCUUGAGUGUAAUCAGUGUGCAAGUUAAUUAUAAAGGACUGGGGUAAGAGGAAAUCACUAAUAGUCGCACUUCUGUCACCAUAAACAAGAUAUUCAAUUAAAAAAAUAAAUGUGUAAAAACAAGUAUUCUACCUUCUAUAUUUACUUAAAACGUAUAUAGUUCUAGGUGAAAUCUAGAACUUUCAGGAAUAAAUUUAAGUGAAAUGUUACAACUUUUGGUAGUGUCCUCCAUCUAGCGCUGUCUCAGUCUAUUUAAUAUACUAUCUUCCAAUAGAAAAUACAUUUCUAACGUCUCAAAAUAGUGGAAGGGGAAGAACUUCUAGAAGCAGCUGAAGGUGCUUGAGGGAACUGCCGUAGUGAACCUGAGCAGUGAUAUUAGCCUUCAACCAGGGCUAUAUUUUUUUAUGUUAAAUAUGAUUUCAGCCACUUAGCUCCUCCUAAGCUUCGUUUUGCUAAGGCUCCUAAAGUCCAUUCUCAGUCAAAUGCCGGUUUGGAGGGGGAGAAAGAACUUGCAUGUGGGUAUUUCCAGCAUUUUCUUGUUUUUAUUUUUGAAAAAAGUCAGCUAUUGCUGACUGAGAGGUCUUGUGGAGCAGUGGGUAGUGUCCCUUCCUCAGCCAGAAGCUCUGGGUUCAAGUCCCAUCCCAGGAUUUAAUGACAUGACCAAACAGGUUUAGUAUCAAUCUGCAAAUCCUUCCAAUACGUGCCAAUGGCAGGCAGUAAGAGUGGGAGUGUGUCCCGGUCAGCCAUGCAAUGGAAGAAAGUUGAAGCCUCUAUCCAUAGCUGCAGUUUACAACAUGCAUGUAAAAAGUGCAUGUUGCCACAGCAACUCUGAAUUACCCGAGUGAACUGUAACUCACCACCACUGCUGAUUGCUGUCUUGUCAUCCCCACAUGAAAAGCUCAUGAGUGAGGAUGUUAGGUGAGAAUACAGUUGUCCUAGGUUGUGAUGCCUUUCAUGGACUGUUGACACUUAAGAAAUUCGACUUCACAAGAGGCUGAAGAUGGAUAGCAGCAGCUCAGCUCAAUGCAAGAAAAUCUGGUGGAGCAUGUAGCAGGUGGUCAAUGUCCUACUGACAGUUCCAUACCCUGGUCAAAGUUGAUUUUCUGCCCAACUGCCUAUGAAAAAGUACCACUUGGGUGAGGCACAGAGGUGGUGUGGUGGCACCUCUGGAACACCAGCAAAAAUUGAAUUUCAAAAGAAGGGAAACCUGGAAUGUAAAAACCUAGUUCAGCUUUGAUUCUCUCUUAAUACAGUACUUUGAAGCCCUGAGCCAUCUCUGAACUAUUCCCAAUAUAUAGAUCCCAAACUAGAUUUUCUAAAUGUCAGCACACCAAUGAUUUUUUUCCAGGGUCUGAGGGUUGUUUGUUUUAUUUAUGCCUUUUGAUAUUUUUCUGGUACUUAGCGACUAUAAACUUUCAAUGAAUUGCUGUUAAUUGUAUUAUCAUCCCCUUCAUUCUUUGCUAACAGGCAUCUGUUUACUAUGUAGGCACAUUUUAUAUUUCUUGUUCCAAAGUUUGCCUCUGAACCAGAUUUAAAAAAUAUAUACCCUGAGGGCCGAAACUUUCAUAGCUGUGAAGAGAAUAAGGAGGCUAGUCCCAUUGCACACUGUUUAGAUUUAAGAAGAGAGAUUACUACAGAUGGUUUUGAAUAUACAAUAAUUGAGAGAUGUUUAUGAUUUACUAAGCAUUUAAUUAGGAUCUACAAUUUGCUUUUGUAAUGCUGAAAUAAUAACAUGUUAAUGGAUAAAUAAUGUUAUGUCAAUAAAGAAAUUUGAAUUUCAA